CCGGGUCAGGCUGAGCCGCCUGGUCUUCGCGACUACUGUAGGUGCCGCGCUGUCGGCGUUUCCUGCCCCAGGAAAGCCCGAGCCGCAAUACCGCCGGGCGAAGCGCUGCGCUGUCUCGAACCGCCCCUAAGAAGGAGACCCGGGGCCGGGCCGCCGCGGGGUCGCGCCUCGGGCCUCCGCUGCGGUCCCUGGCAGGCAGGAGCCGGCGCUGCGGGGCCUGCGGCGGAGCGCGAACCCCCUCCCCGGCCGCCCUGUCCACCUUGCCGGGGAAGGCGGAAGAUGCCAGUGAAGAAGAAGAGAAAAGCCCCCGGAGUGGCAGCGGCGGUCGCGGAAGACGCGGGCCUCAAAAAGUGUAAAAUCUCCAGCUAUUGCAGGUCCCAGCCUCCUGCUAGACUAAUCAGUGGAGAGGAAGAGUUUUCAAGAAAGAAGUGCCUGGCUUGGUUUUAUGAGUAUGCAGGUCCUGAUGAAGUUGUAGGGCCAGAAGGAAUGGAAAAAUUUUGUGAAGACAUUGGUGUUGAGCCUGAAAAUAUUAUUAUGUUAGUUUUGGCGUGGAAAUUGGAGGCUGAAAGCAUGGGAUUUUUUACCAAGGAAGAAUGGUUAAAGGGAAUGACCUCGUUACAGUGUGACUGCACAGAAAAGUUACAGAGCAGAUUUGAAUUUCUGCGUUCACAGCUGAAUGACAUCUCAUCAUUUAAGAAUAUCUACAGAUAUGCCUUUGAUUUUGCAAGGGAUAAAGAUCAGAGAAGUCUUGACAUUGAUACUGCUAAGUCUAUGUUAGCACUGCUGCUUGGAAGAACGUGGCCACUGUUUUCAGUAUUUUACCAGUACCUGGAGCAAUCAAAGUAUCGUGUUAUGAACAAAGAUCAGUGGUACAAUGUAUUAGAAUUCAGCAGAACAGUUCAUGCCGAUCUUAGUAACUACGAUGAAGACGGUGCUUGUUUCAGAGGUUGGAACCAAGUAGUGGCUUGUGUUGAACUUGCUCUCCAGUUUGGCAGUCCACGCAGUAUUCCAACAUUGCCAUUUACUGCUUUGCCUGCCCGGCUGUUUUUGUAUGAUCUGCUAAAAGCAAGAGAGAAAAGAACACCCAGAGGGCCUGUUCUUCUUGAUGAAUUUGUUGAGUGGCAAAAAAUACGUCAAACAUCAUAGCAAGAACUGUUGUGAAGAAAAUGCAAAUCUUGUGAAGAAAAUGCAGAAGGAGGGAGGAUACACAGAGGGUGCA